AUGGCUAGUGAUCCUUCGGAUUGGAGGUACAAGCUUUGGGUAUUUUUUUGGAAUAUAGCCUCCCAUCUUCAAAUUGUUGGCAUUGUCGUCAGCGUUUUUCAUUUGCUGAUUUUGAUCCGAAAAUCUCUCCGAACAAGUGCAGUUUUCAUUUUUAUGAUAGCGAUAUGUAUAUCGGAUAUUGUCAAACUUGGUUUCGCAUUCGGCUACAAAAAUUCUGUCUACAAGCAUCAAUGGCAGCACAGAAUGAUGUUUCAGGAAGAUCCGAUACCUGACUGCCUAAAGCAAGAAUGGGUUCUAGUAGACAUACUAGGCCAGGUCAUGGCCAGUUCAUACAGUAUAACAAGAAAGUAUUCCGUUUGGUUGUCAAUCAUUAUGGCUAUGAUAAGAACGUUGUCAGUGAUGUUUCCAAUGAGCAAUGCUAUUCAGAAAUUGACAACUACCAAGGCUACUGUCAUUAGUGUGUUGAUUAUAUUUUGGGUUGUAGUGUUUCUGGAUUUUUCACGUCUGGCAGUUUAUUAUAGAAUAAAAUGGUUUCCUGAUAUUUUAGAUUGCACAUCCAUGAAACCAUCCAACAAACACUACACUCUUGCCAUCUGCAUACUAUGUGACAAAACAAUUUAUGGAUACACGGACGUGGCUCACCGCUUUCUACCAACUCUCAUAUACCCUGUGCUCACAGUUUUACUAAUUAUACAGUUAAGACGUAUUAAAAAGAAAAGAGCUGCUAUGUUACAAAAUAGUCCGAAUAAAGUGGAUAACACUACAAGUAUGAUAUUACUAAUGACAAUUACAUUUAUGUUGUCAGAAGGUUUGAGUGGUACAAUUGGCAUAAUUAAUAUUAAUAGCGUGUAUUUCAUGUCAAUUGAUUAUAAUGAAAACCUGAAAUAUUUUUUCCUUAUAUUCACGCAUUCUGCACUCACACUACGAAUUUUGAAUACAGUAUCCCACACAUUUGUCUGUGCACUCAUGUCGACACAAUAUCAAACCGAGUUGAAAUCAAUUUUUUGCCGGAAAAGUGUGUCGCCAAAUUCCACAAGAGCCCAAGAAUCUAUGUAG